CACCACCACACGCACCGAAGCAGACAAAAAGGCAUCGCCAACCACCGCCCACCGCCCUCACCAUGUCUGUCAUCGAGAUCAAGACCAAGUCGGAUUUCGACACCCUCAUCAAGAAGACCCCCUUCGUCGCCGUCCAGGCCCACGCCACCUGGUGCGGCCCCUGCAAGGCCAUCUCCCCCAUGUUCAACAAGCACGCCGCCUCCCUCGCCAUCGAAAACACCUACGCCUUCGCCCGCUUCGACACCGACGAGGUCCCCGACCUCGCCCAAGAGUUCGGCAUCCGCUCCAUCCCCGCCUUCUUCCUCUUCGAGAACGGCGAGAAGACCUCCAACCUCUCCGGCGCCAACCCCCCGGCCCUCAAGAAGGCCGUCGAGUCCCUCUCCGAAAAGGCAAAGGCUGAGGGCGGCAAGAUCUCGACCAACGAGGAAUUUUAAGCUCCAACCAUGGCACUGCGAUGCGAGACUUCGAGACAUUGGAUAGAUAGGCCAAUGCAAAGUACAUAAAGGGGCGUCUUUGAAGCGAAGUGGCCGAAUACCUGAGGGCAGCUCGCAAGCUGCCAUGAUGG